CUGACAGAACAGGAUCCCUGACUUUGUCAACAUGGAUCGGCUGUCGUUUUGGGGAUCCCAUGUUGUUAGCUAGAUAAAAGUAUAUGUUAUGCAGAAAUGUAUUUCAUUAGCUAGCUCCUCUUGUCUGUAUUGAAAAUUGCGAUGGACAUGUUUAGUAAACUCACGAGUCUAUUUCAGCAGGCGUUGGAAACGAGAGAGCCCUCUGUUAAUCUGUUAGACUCGUUUGUGGAGCACUGGAAAGGAAUCACCAAUUAUUACAUUGUAACUAAUGAUGAGACUCAGCCUGUGAAGCAGACUGACAUCCCCUGGAGGCUGAAGCAGAUGCUGGACAUCCUGGUGUAUGAGGAGGGGGAGCAGGGCCUGGAGGAGACGGGGCCCUGCAUGGAGUACCUGCUGCAGCACAAGCUGCUGGAGACCCUGUGCACCCUGGGCAAGGCACAGUACCCUCCAGGGAUGAACCAGCAGGUGCUGAUUUUCUUCUCCAAGUUACUGGCUCAGAUCCAGAAGCCUGUCCUCCACCUCAUCAAUAUCUACAGGCCAGUCCAGAAGCUCAUCCGACUGUGUGGACUUCCUGGUUCCCAAGCAGAGAAAGAGGAGGCUCAAUUCCUAUUGGUCGUCUGCUCCAGAAUCAAACAGGACCCCUACAUCCUUAACUACAUUUUAGAGAUUACGCAAGGCAUGCUCUCCAAGAGGUCUAGCUCCACCUCUGAGGAGAAAAGUGACGCUUCCAACAAAGAGACAGUGCCUUCUGACCAAUCACCCUCCUCAGCCUCCACCCCUAGCCAAUCAGAAUCUACAACUCCUAGUCCUGGUCCCACCCCUUCAUCUCCCUCCUUCCCUCCUCCAGACAACACAGGCCUCAUCCAUGUUCUGAUGCACUUAAGCAGGAGCCAGAAAAGUCGAGUGGCCCUGAAGGCCUAUGAGAGCCUUCUGCUGCUCACCAGCGUCCAGAGAGAGGAGACGCUGAAGGUUCUGGCUGAGAUGACUCCACUCUGCCCCCUGCUGGCCGGGAGGUUGUGUGAGUUCUACAGCCUCAUCCCCUCCAGCCUGGAUCCUGGGGACAUCCUGAGCCUCCCACACACACACUGGAGCACACAGUUUUCCCAGGGCGGUAUUGAAGACAGUGUGUCAUUUCCUGGAAGUGAUGUGAUGGAGAGAUUCUUCUCCUGGCUGGACUACCUGGAUCACUUGAUGAAUGAGGCACCAAAGAUUCUAGCUGUGAAACUGGCCGGUGAGAUUCACCAGCAGCUGCUUGUCAACAAACUGCAACCUCAACUACUGCAAAUGUCCGAGGCGGGUGUGUUGGUCGGCACGGCGCUGCUGGGCCGCAUGGUGCGUCACGUCCAGUCCGCCGCCCUGCUGGACGAGCUGGUGAACUACAUCCUGGGCCGUGAGACGGAGGGAGAGCUGCGACUGGACACGGAGACACACGUCCUGCGCUACCACCUCAUAGAGCACUGCGACCACGUCUCUGAUGAGAUCAGCAUCAUCAGCCUGCGCCUGUUCGAGGAGCUGCUUCAGAAGCCUCACCGGGACAUCCUGUCCAACCUGGUGCUGAGGAACCUGGAGCGUCGCUGCUACGCCACACACACACUCGGGGACGACCGCCAUCACCAGUACGAGGCUCUGGAAGACAGCGAAGAGCUGGAGGAGGACCCCUUCUUCACAGACAGCCUGUACCCUGACAGUGACUUCUGUCCUGACCAGCUGCCCCAGCGCACCCCCUCCCUCUCAGGAGAACCCCCCCACAACCAGGCAGCUGACAGUGUCAACAGUUUCCUGUGCCUGGUCCCUCAGGAAGCGAAGUCUUCCCACCUCCUUCAGGGCGCAGGCUACAACACUUACGUUCAUGACGCUCACAAACUGUUGAAAGAUUGCACAGCGCUCUCGCAGGGCUGGGAUUGGCCAGACACCCCUGUACAGUCCGAUUCCUCUGCAGUGAGUUCAGACUUCUUUGAGGGACACUUCCUGAAAGUCCUGUUCGACAGGAUUGGACGGAUCCUAGAGCAGCCGUAUGAGUUGAACCUGCAGGUGACGUCGGUGCUGUCCAGGCUGAGCGUGUUCCCCCACCCCCUCCUCCACGAGUACCUCCUGGACCCCUACAUCAGCCUGGCCCCCGAUGCACGCUCGCUCUUCUCUGUCCUCAUCAGGGUGAUAGGAGAGCUGAUGCAGAGGAUCCAGAUCGUCUCGAACGUGACGGAGAAGCUGGUCCAGGUCCGGGGACAGCUGAUGGGCCUAGAGGCAGAGACCGGUGUGGAUCACGUGACCCUGCUGAAGGGAGUGAUCGUUCUAGAAGAGUUCUGCAAAGAACUGGCAGCCAUCGCUUUCGUUAAACUGCCCAGCGCCUCAUACUGAUCCUGGACAACUUGAUACUCUUAACCUGAAACAGUGCUGUCAGAUACUUCCCCCAGAACACUAUGUUUAUAACGUGGACUCUUCAACGGAACACGCGACAGCACAUCCGGAACAGUCAUCUCGAUGGAUUGUCCAGGGCUUCUAGAACCAUCUACUUCUCAAUACUGUGGACCUGAGGGGACUCGGAUAGACAUCAUAUGUUUCUUUUGAAUAUGAGAAACCUCUUCCAUGUCUGCUUUGUGAAACAUGAAGGUGUUUUGAUGUAGCCUUCGUGAUGACAGAAGGCCUUGUGACCAGGCUUUCAAUGUGUCUACAGACCCUCUACAGGCCUACACUGUUCUUGGUAUUUGGGGAAGGAGUUGGUUCUGGACAAGACUACUGUCUUUGGAUGGUACUAGAAAGCUUUUUAUUGCAUCAGUUGCACAAGUACUCUCUAAACAAUUAAGAGGACUGAGUUCAACUACAAAGAUUGUCGACUAUGACUACUGGUACUUUUCAGGAUAGAAGAGACUUUAAAAGACAACCUUGCACAUCUCUAUUUAAAGUUUAUUGUGAAGUCAUAAGUGUUUUACGUAUCUUUUUAUUUUUACUUUAAUCUUAUGUUUUUCAUAGUAACUCUGCAAAUAAUAUUUUAUUUAUCUUAACCUGAAUAAUCGCUCCACCUCGUUGCCUGAGAGCCCAUACAUGCAGUAGACCAGUGUGAAGCCAGACCUCAGAGAGAAGAUGCCUGUCUUCAUGUUUACUUCCUGUCUGUGUCUGUCCUCUGAUGUGAGCUGGCCUGUGUUCCCCUGCCAAGCUUAGAGGGGGGGUAGGAACCACUCACGUACAAUCUUUAAAGCAUGCUCCAGUUUUCCUUAGAGUUCUUGCUGUACAUUUUCAACUCUCAUCAAAUACAAUCAUGUGAGUGUAACAUCACAGAGACGUGUCAGUUGAGACACUAUAAAACAUCUACUUUGA